AUGGCCGUUUUCAUUAUCCAGCUCAUUGCACUCAUCCUUGGCCUUAUUGGCACAAUUCUGACCAUCAUUGUUACAGCGAUGACCCAGUGGAGGGUAUCAUACAUGGUAGAAGGAAAUGCCGCCAACUGUGAUAAGCGUAUAGAUGGACAAUGGCUGAGCCGUUGGGAUGGUCUGUGGCUAACCUGUACAACCAAGAAUCAAAAUUCUAUGGAGUGCAAACCGUAUGAGUCUUUGGUGAUUAUCAGCACUGACUUAAAAGCUGGAAGAGUCCUGAUGUCCUUUGCUGUGGUACUUUCCAUCAUAGCCCUCAUUAUAGCUAUCGUAGCCCUCUUAUGUGUGCGGUGGUGCAGAAGAGCUCGUGAUGGCAGAUACUGUCUUCUUCUAACUUCUGGUGUUGGCUUCAUUCUGGCUGGCAUACUUGUUCUAAUUCCAAUCGUUUGGACCACUAGCAACAUCAUUCAAGAAAUAAACAACCCCCGCUGCAAAACAAUGCAAAGGCUUGAAAUCGGGGAAGCAAUUUUUCUGGGGUGGCCCACCAUGUUUUUCCUCCUGAUUGCAGGAGCUAUACUCUGCUGGUACCGCCCUUGCGAUGAAGAUGAGGAUGACGACAGGUGCAAAAACACAAUCUACGCAUCUCAAACAUCUCUGCCACGACCAGUUUAUGUUCCAUGCGAAACGCGAGAUAAAGUCCCUAACCAAACCAAUUAUUGCAGAAGCCAGUACAUCUGA